CCAGCAUAAGCCGAAAAUCGAAAUAGCACGCUGGAAGGCAAGACCAGAGAGGGAAGUUAAAAGAGAAGGCCGGCGGAAGCACGGAGCUACACAAUCAGCAGCAGCGAUGACGGAGGAGGUAGACGCGAAUGGCCUGAAAGCCGCCGGGGCUGAGCUUUUGACCGACGGACGCCACGGACUCCGUAUUCAUGGCUGGGAGAUCGUUUCCAAGAGAGGCUCUAUUCUCAGCUCUUCCUCUCAUGAACAGUACUCGCACUCCCUCUCACUCCCUCGUUUCUUAUUCUAUCAUGCUAUAUUGAAAAUUUUAGUUUGUCUGAUUGGUAAUUGUUGAAGUGUGUAGAUGCUAUUGAGUGAUCCGAAUGUCACUGUUUUGUGUGUCUGUGGGGAGGUUCUGAUGAUUUUUUAGAAGAUAACGAGUGGUCUCAGGAUGAUAUUGUCCCUCUUUCUUAAACAAUGUGGCCCCUUGUGGAACUUUUCUGGGUGGCUAAGUUUUGCUGUUCUUGAAAGGUGGGAAGAGAAGCUGCAGACCUCUCACUUACCAGAGAUGGUUUUUGGGGACAGCUGUUUGGUUCUCAAACAUUUGAAGAGUGGCACCAAACUUCAUUUCAAUGCAUUUGAUGCCCUUAUGGGUUGGAAGCAGGAAGCUUUACCCCCAGUUGAAGUUCCUGCUGCUGCACAGUGGAAAUUCAGAAGCAAGCCGUUCCAGCAGGUGAUCCUAGAUUAUGAUUAUACUUUCACGACACCAUAUGUUGGAAGUGAAAUGAUGGAGGACCAGAAUGAAAAUGGGAAAGUCAUUGAUGUAAGUGACAAGCUUCACUGGGAGGAUUGCAAGGAGCACAUUGAUGUUGGUGCACUAGCUUCUAAAGAGCCUAUUCUUUUCUAUGAUGAGGUUGUUUUGUAUGAAGAUGAACUGGCUGAUAAUGGAGUUUCACUUCUGACUGUAAAAGUGAGGGUGAUGCCAAGUUAUUGGUUUCUUCUUUUGCGAUAUUGGCUGAGAGUUGAUGGAGUCCUGAUGAGAUUACGGGAUACACGCAUCUAUUGUGCUUUCAGUGACGGUGCAAACCCUGUUAUCCUUCGUGAAAGCUGCUGGAGACAAGUGACCUUUCAGGCUCUGUCUGCGAAAGGGUACCCUAUUGAUGAUUCUGCUUACAGUGAUCCUAACAUCAUCAGCCAGAGGCUUCCUGUCAUCAUGCAUAGGACUCAGAAGCUUAAGGGUCCAUGGUAAAUUGUGUGACUUAUUAUAGAAGAAGACGACGUUCUUCCAAUGUUGUUGUGAUAGAGGGCAAGACCCUGUAGGUGUAUUAUGUUGGCACACGCAUGUUUUGCUCAGUGAAUUUUUCAAUAUAACUUUAUGCUUGCAUAUUCGGGAGCUAAAACAACAGAGGCCAAGUGCUGGGAUGAUAUCCAUUUCUAAUGUUCUAUUGUCAGUAGAGUAUGAUGGUUUCGAUGAAUUACAACUUGCUAUAUGGAAAGCAAAAAAAGAAAAAAGGAAGAGGAUGAUGUUUUUCCAAAGAGUGGAAUUUUUCUUUGAUAAUCGUAUUGG